CCAACACAACACUUACCCCAAGCAAACAUGUCUUCGCGAGCUCUACGCAAAGCUCAGAGGGAGCUGGAGGAGAAGCAGCAGCUGGAAAAACUAUCGCAUCCCGAGAGCGAUGAGUCAGAUGACGAGCCCAUCGUUGCUCCAAGCAAUAAAGCCAGCAUGUUCGCGAUGCUCGGAGAGGAUGACGAUAAUGAAGAAAAAGACUCGGAUGAAGGCGAGAAAGGGUCCGAUGAAGAACCCGUAGUUGAGGCCCCAGCGCCCCAACAGCGGACCACGAAGGCCGCCAAGCGCAAAAAGAAGAAGAACAAACGUGGAAAAGAGCCAGUGCCUCAGAAGAAGACGAAGGACUCUUCAAACUCACAGCAGCUCGAUGAGAUCGACCGUGCGCUGCUGGCGCUCUCUCUAAGCUCUCACUCCGGAGGAGACGGAGCCUCGGACACACUAAGUGAAACCAUCAGUCCGGAGUUACAGGAACUUUUUUCCAUCCUAUCUGUGGACACGCAGCAUCUGCACGCGGCCAAUGAGAUGCGUAGACUGUUUGGCAGGGCUGCUCUUGAGGGACAUGAUGACACAGAAGCAGCUGGUGGACGGCGUCGAGGUAGAGGUGCGCAGCAGGUUGGCCUUGCCGGUGCUGUACGCGGAAACGUGCAAAGCGGACGUAAUCUGGCAGCCAUAGGACGUCGGCGGAACAUCUUUAUCCAAGGAAAAGAAGAAUGGCCUGGGGCUACUUCUGGAGGUCUCGGAAUGGAAGUGGUGGAGAAGCGGAAAGACGGUACAGUCGAGUAUCGAUUUGUGCACAACAUGGCAUAUCAGGACGUGCAAAAACAGUUCGAAACAUGUGUAGCGUCUAUGGACCCAAAUCGUAUGAUUCAGCUUCUUCGAAACAAUCCGUAUCACAUCUCGACGCUACUACAAGUUUCAGAGAUAGCUAAGCAGGAACGCGACCACACAACAUCCGGGGAUCUCCUCGAACGAGCUCUAUUCUCGUUCGGUCGAUCAAUCCAUUCAACCUUCUCGAGAAACCUCUCCGAGGGAAAGGCACGCUUAAGUUUCCGGCGACCGGAGAAUCGGGAAUUCUGGCUAGCGGGAUGGAGGUACAUUUCUAACCUUGGCAUGCGCUCGACUUGGAGAACAGCCUUCGAGUGGUCGAAAUUGCUGUUGAGCAUAGAUCCCGAAGGCGAUCCGUAUUGCAUACGUCUGGUGAUUGACCGAUUUGCUCUCCGAGCCCGCCAGCCCAAACAGUUAAUCGACAUGGUAAGCUCUGAUUAUCUCCAGGAUCUUUGGAGUAUACCACCGAAUCUGGCAACCUCAGUUGGCCUGGCGUACAGUCAGCACAAUAGACCGGACCUGGCUAGGUCCAAGCUGCGUUCAGCCUUCCAACAGUAUCCGUGGAUAGCGAGUCGACUGUGCAGGGAGCUCGAGAUUAACCCCAUCCCAAAGCCCGUUUGGGGAAAGGAGCCAGAAGGGGAUUAUGAAACUCUGCUGUGCGAGCUGUACGUUACGAAGGCAAAGGACCUCUGGAAUACCCCAGAAGCUACGUCCCUUUUGGUCGAAGUUGCUUCAACCUGUGACUGGUCCGACUACCAAACCCGUGACAAAGUCAUCUUCGACGAGGUUCAAGUUGCGCGACAUGUCAUCUUGACCGAUACACCAGCUCUUAUUGGCCUUCUCAGUCGCCGCCUCACGGCCCGAUACACUUCGACUUCAGAUCCGCUACCUCCAACGGACAACCUCCCUUCAUAUGAUCUCAGCGACUCAAGGAGUCAUGCCAACUCAAACAUGGAGAACACAGCGACCAUUCUUCACGAGUAUGUCAACCUACAGACCUUUUUCCGAAACCUGAUUCCAUGGCUAUUUGAAGGCGAGACAGCGAUCAACCCAGAGACCGGCGCUCCCCCUACGACAGCAGAUGUGGAGCGUGCAAUCAGGGAAUCCGGAGUUGCACCUGAGAUUAUAGCACAAAGAACCACGAGGCUUGAGCAGCUGCGUCAAUACCUCCGAGAUAUCGAAUUCGAUCCAAACAUGGACGAAGAUGACGAGCAUCGAUUUGCUCUUACGGAAGAUGAGGAGUCUGAUGAACACUGAACACUUGAGGGUGCUAUGAUGUUGUCAGGAAUUACAAGUGCACAUUGUACCUAUAUAGAGUCACAGUUCUUUAUUGGAAGGACAUUUCAUAGAGUCUGGGGAAAUGCAUAAGCGCAAGGCUCGAUGUGAUUGGACGGCCGUGUUGGCUCACAAAACGCUUACAUCAAGUCUCCUCCCCGCGGUGUAGACCCUGCUAAUACCAAGCAAACAAGCUUCGGACGCGAGCAAAUGAAGCUAAUUACUGUACCUUCCAGCG